ACAACAUAAAUCUUUAAAAUGUCAACAUAUGUUUGAAGAUAAGAAAGUGAAGUUAUCUGUUUUAUUUUGUUUUCAGUUAAAUAUGAUUUGUUUGAAUAAGCUUAUUUUUCGUAAAUAAAAGAUUUAUCUCCAAAUCCAUCGAGUAAAAUGAGAUAAUGGGUAGGUGAUGGCAAAAGAAGUUAGUAAUAUACAGGAAUAUGCCCAAGAAUAUACAACUGAUUUGUCGAGUCUGUCUGAGGAAAUGUAAAAGCAGACAUGUUUCACUACUAGAAGUUUUUCAAAUAAAUGCGGAACAGGCAUCAGUAACAUAUGCCGAGGCUUACAAGGAUUGUACGCAAUUGGAAGUUGAAAUUGGCGUGGAUGGCUUACCCGUGUGGCUGUGUAAUAGCUGCAGUCGAGACCUUCAAUAUGCUUAUGAGUUUAGGAUUAAAGCAAAGAAAAGUGCUGACACACUCCUUAUUCAGAUAAGAGCGCAAAGCGAAGAAAAAGCUCGCCGGGCACCAUCACCAUCCGAAUUUGAGUUACCUGAUAAUAAUGCAGCGCUGGGUUAUGCUCUCGCUGGUGCGGAUAUAAUUGAGGCAUGCAGUACGCAAGUGAUGAAAUGUGACAAAGAUCCGCUGGAGGAGUCAGACAGUGACAAUGAAGUAAGAGCUGAAGUUGCAACAACUAUAAAUAAGCCAGAAUCACCCGCCUUAUCUCAUACCUACUCUGAUUUUAUUUAUGACAGUGAAGAUGAAAAGCCUCUAAAAUUACUUAUGACUGGUAAUCAAACUGAAGCUGUGAACUCUUUUGCAAAGAAUCAAUGUUUAUUUGAUGACGAGGAUGAUUUCAUUGGAGAAGAAAAUGCAACUAAAGAAAAACUUACUGAUCCCAUGUUUUCGCCAGAAGCACAAAUUUUUCCAAAAGGACGAUUCAAAUGUGCCAUUUGUGAACAGCGUUAUUUUACUGCAGCUGGUCUGAAGGCACAUAUGGAAGUGCAUCUAGCCAAAAGUGGCAUAACAAAAAAGAAACGUGGACGAAAUAAACAACGUAAAGCCCCAAAAAAAGUUAACAUUAAUGAAGACUGUGAAAACUCGAUUUCGAAUCCAAUUAACGAUGAUGAAAAACUUGCCACCGGAGAAACAAAGGAUCAGCAGGAAAAGCAUUCACCUGAAAAACCACUUAAAUCGAAAGAACCCAAACCAAAACGCAUGUUUCCGUGUCAUGUAUGCGGUAAACAUAUGAUAUCGGCUUCCAAGCUGCGCUACCACAUGGUAAUGCACACUGGUGAAAAGGACUACCUCUGCACAAUGUGCCCAAAAGCCUACUCCACAAUUUAUGCGCUUAAGCACCAUAUACGUACACAUACUGGUGAACGGCCGUAUGAGUGUAAGUUUUGCGGAGACCGUUUUCUGCGUCCAACUACGCUUAAAAGCCACCAGCGACGUCACACAGGCGAACGUCCUUAUGGCUGUGAUAUAUGCGGUAAACGCUUCAUACAGCACUCGUCGAUGACAACACACAUGAAGCUUAAUCAUAUGGACAAAACUAUACAAUGUCCGCACUGUGAUAAAAAAUACGCACGUCAAACCGAUUUGAAUACGCAUUUACUUAGUCACACUGGCGAUAAACCGUAUUCCUGUCAGCUGUGCCCCAGUCGCUUUGUGCGCCAAGCAAAUCUCAAUAAGCACAUGAAUCAACAGCAUGCUGAAAAGGCUAAUGUAACCAAAUUCCCGCAGCUAACUGACGAUGCCAAAGCGGAAGCUUGUGGAAGUGUUGCUGUUGCAGACAAAUCGAAUGAUUACACUGUGGAUAAAUUAAGAGAUAAAAGUAUGCUAAGUGAAGCAGUGGCAAGUGAUUUUGUGGAUAAGUGUUACAAUUUCAACAGGUAACUCCGCAGGCCUUGGCGCUGACGGUUGGAAAGUUCUGAACGACUCCAUCUACACAUUCGUGGAACAGUAGAAAGUGAAAAAUGCUGCAUUUACAAACGAGAGCCUCCCAGCGCAAUUAAUUCUACUAAAAGUGGAUGUCAAAUCUAUAUUGGACGGGUCGAUGGAAAACAAUCAUGAAAGUGAUUUGGACGAGCUUUCCAUACAUGCGCUCACAAGUUUCAUUGCACGUUGAGUUGGCGCACGCGGAAGCCAUUUUCCGGCAUUGAAAUAUGAGAAUUUGCGCUUAACCUAUCGUCAUCCCAUGCCUGAUGCCACUAACUCUUCACACUCGCUUAUAUGCAGUAGUAAUGCAGCACGCUGAUUGCCUAAAAGUAUUACACGCGAAUCAAUGCGCAUAUGGAGAAGCUAAUCUUCAUUAUUCAUUGCUUAUGUACAUCUUUAUAUUUAGUUACAAUUAAUACUUUUUUUAAAUAAACAAUAAAUAAAUAAAUAUAAAUAAAAUAAAAAAAAGUCGAAAGACAUAC